GAUUGGAGGGUUUAACUCCUAUUUAAAAUGAAGACUUUGAAUCUUAACGGCUGAGCUCUCGGGAGGACUCGGUGGCCUUGGGGUCGGAGACGGGAACCGACGGGCAUCAUGGACAAAUCUAAGGAGAACUGCGUCGCAGGGCCUGUGAAGCCUACACUCCCGCUCGGUGAUGGUGCAAAACGCGUUCCGGUGACCCAGCCGUUUCCGUCUCAGAAUCCGUCAUGUGCCAACAGCGGCCAGGCGCAGCGGGUCUUGUGUCCUUCCAACUCCUCCCAGCGAGUCCCUUCCCACGCGCAGAAGCUCGUGUCCAGCCACAAGUCGGUCCAGAAUCUGAAGCAGAAGCAGCUGCAGGCGACCGGCGUCCCUCGACCUGCGUCUCGGCCGCAGAACACCACCCAGAGCAGUGAGCAGCCGUUGCCGUCGGCCCCCGGAAAUAAUUCUGAAAAGCAACUGGCAGCAAAACAGAAAAAUGAAGAAUCAAAAAAAAGGCAGUGGGCUUUGGAAGAUUUUGAAAUUGGUCGCCCGCUGGGUAAAGGAAAGUUUGGCAAUGUGUAUUUGGCGAGAGAAAAACAAAGCAAGUUUAUCCUGGCUCUUAAAGUCUUAUUUAAAGCUCAGCUGGAGAAAGCAGGCGUCGAGCAUCAGCUGAGAAGAGAAGUCGAAAUCCAGUCCCACCUGAGGCAUCCAAAUAUUCUCAGGCUGUAUGGUUACUUCCAUGACGCCACCAGGGUUUACCUCAUUCUAGAAUAUGCCCCUCUUGGAGCUGUCUACCGAGAACUUCAGAAACUGUCCAAGUUUGACGAGCAGAGAACUGCUACCGUUAGUGUGGGCUCCCUCCUGUCAACCUGGCUCAGCACUGCGGGCGUUGGCGUGGGUCCCCUGGCUGAGCCCUUCGUGUUCGUUAGUUUUCUCUGCUUGAGGACGUGUCAGAAGGCAGCAUGGAUCUGCGACACCGCAGCUAGUGAGUCACAGCGGGACAGGAGGACCACCCUGUGCGGCACCCUGGACUACCUCCCGCCCGAGAUGAUCGAAGGCCGGAUGCACGACGAGAAGGUGGACCUCUGGAGCCUGGGGGUGCUCUGCUACGAGUUCCUCGUGGGGAAGCCCCCGUUCGAGGCCAGCACGUACCAGGAGACCUACAGGAGAAUAUCGCGGGUCGAGUUCACGUUCCCCGACUUUGUACCGGAGGGAGCCAGGGACCUCAUCUCAAGACUGUUGAAACAUAAUCCCAGCCAAAGGCCGACUCUCAAAGAAGUACUCGAACACCCCUGGGUCACAGCAAAUUCAUCGAAACCAUCCAGUAGCCAAAAAAGCAAAGAAUCAACCAGCAAACCAUCUUAAGCAUCCUGCAGGGGGAGAAAUCCGCGGGGCACGGCUGCAGACACUGCCGACGGCCUGCCCGUGACCGAGGGCGCCGCGGACAAGGGCCCGCUGAGCAGGCCGAGCCUCCCCCUCCCCACUCGGUCCACUUCAGGGAACGGUGCGCUCCGGAACACAAGAAGCCACGGGGACUGUGGCCUCCCCACAGCCUGUCUCUGGUAAGGUGUCCUCGUGGAAGAGAGCUCGGGGUCCGACUGCGGGGACAGCGGCCCCCCCGGCCCGACCCCGUCGGUGAAGGAAGUGUGCGCGUCCGCCUUCCUCGGCGCCCACGGCUGGGAGAGCUGUCAGGAUGAACCUGUGAUUCUUUGAAGGUCAAAAUAAAGAUCUGUGUCCGGACCGCUGUGUGAUUGCCGUGGCACCCCUGCAGGGCCGGGCUCAGCGUCUGUCCCCAGCUCCGCUAGGGGGACGUGGUGGAGGAGGACCCGAUGGGCAGGCGUGCGCCCUCGGUGCCUGGUGCCUGUAAACUUCGCCUUGGGGCUGGCUGGGGGAGCCCUCUCUCUGCUGUUGCUACACGUUAAAGGGCUGAUCUCUUCC